AUGUCAUCCUUGGAAUUGAAAAUCAUCGAUAUUUUGGAGAGUAACUUAUUGGCAAUCCGCUCAACGUCGCAAGAUGAUUUGUAUGCUGAACAUGGGCGAGAUGUAUUGUUGAAGAAAGUUCAAACGUUUAUGCAAGAAAAUCGACCCAUUGAACUUUUGGUGCCAGCAUUUCCGUGCAAAUCUCCGAAUCUGAAAAAAGUUUGCGGAAAAUUGCCCGAUGGUGGCGAAUUGUACGCACUCGAAUAUCUCAAUGAAAUUUGUCGAGAAAUCAGUUUCCUCUAUGAACAUGGCUGUAAACUGGUAGUAUGGUCGGAUGGACGAGUAUUUGGUGAUCUGAUUGGUGUACCUGAAGUAGACAUCGCUACAUAUGAGCAUCUUUUAAAAUACUACUCAAUGACAAUGACCCAUAUUCAAUGGGAUAGUAUGAAUAAUUACGUGGGAACUGGAAAUGGUGAGAGUUUGAUGAAAAUAUAUGGAACACCAACGUUUGCUUUCGAUCAAUGGUUACUCGAAUCCGAAAGUAAUCGAGAACAAUUUGUUCAUUUGAGAAAAUUUAUGGAAGAUGAUUUAGGUAACAGCGCCAAGUAUAAAGAUCUUUCGCGUCGACAGUUAAAAAGUCAGAUGAGUUUGAUCGCCGAACAAAUGAUCACACGGAAUGAAGCAUUGACAAAUCUGUUGAAACAACACUAUCCAAAGCAUAUUCGACUUUCCAUUCAUCAACAUCCAAAUAGUGGAGAAAAAUUCACAAUUCGUUUUUUCAAGGAUUCCGGUGGCCGUAGUGUUCUUCGCACACCGUGGCAAAACGUCCUGGUUAUCAGCGUUGAAGGAAGUCUAGAUUUGAUGCCAUAUCGAAAAUUACAUUUACAAAGCCAACAUGUCCCAAUAAUGUUCAAAAAUCAAAUAUGGUGCUUUGUCCAGUUACCUCAAAACUCGCCCGUUUCAGUUGCGUCCACUAUAAAGUUGUCGUUGCUUGGCGAGUCACCCCGCUUCGGUUUGUCUAUUGAUUUAAGUAAGAAAAUUGAUGUGUUUCAAUUGGAUGUCGCCUGGAUGAAAAUGUUAUUGGAAAAAUUUGGUCUUGUUGUUCUUCGUCGAUGUCAAAACUCGCUUGAUAAGGACAAUUACUCGCAAUUUUGCGAACAGUUUUCUCCACCUGUUAUGUGGAAGUUUGGCUCGUUGCUCUCGAUUAAACCACAAUUGACACCCGAUAGUAGCCAUACAUCUCUCGACUCCAUGCCAUUACAUUUUGAUUUAUCUUUUCCGCCAGAAUACUUAUUCAAAACGGGCUCGUACAACGAUUAUGUGCCACAAUAUUUUAUGCUUUACUCUGUCAAAGCUCCUCCUGAACAUGGAAACGGAAAAACAACAUUUGUCAAUGGACGAUUAUUGCUGGAAUCACUUGAAGAAAAAGAUAUCUUGCACUGGAAAACGAUUGAUGUUUCAAGUUCCAUGCCACUGUCAUACUAUGGAGGAAAAACGUAUGUCUAUCCUAUGAUAAUGUCACAUCCAAAAACAAAUGAAAACAUCUUCCGAUAUUUAGAGAUAUCGAAUAAUGUUAUUCACCCAGUCGAAAGCAAAUGUUCAAUAAAUAGUGUCGAAAUGGAUACAGAAACGUUUCAAAAGUUUAAUAGUAUAAUGAAGCAGACGAUGCGCGAUCCAAAAUGGUACAUGGAACACACGUGGAAUGACGAUGAUUUGGUCAUUGUUGAAAAUCAUCUAUUGCUACAUGGUCGAACAGCAAUAACCGAGGAAACAGAACGUGAACUGUGGAGAAUUCAAGUCUAUUAG